AUGCUUCAUUAUUAUCUUCACUCCCAAAACACGGCAGCGACUCUGACUAUACCUGUGCAAUCAGAGUUUUUUACUACUUUCAUUAAACCAGACCCAUAUCAAUAUCCAAUACCAAGAAAAACACACAUGGAAUGUCAUUCAUACCACGAAAAAAACAAUGUCACGUUUGACCAACUCUGGAAUUAUCCACCGACAAAAGUGCUAGUUGGAGUAUUUACAACGGCGAAUACAUUUGAACGACGACAACUUCUACGAGUCAUAUAUAAAGCUGCACAAGAACGGCUAAAAGACGAUUGGGUAGAUUUCAAGUUUAUCAUUGGUAAACCGAAACCAGACGAAGACACUUCUUCGCUUCGACUUAAACUAGAAGUUGAGCAAGCAGCAUUUAAUGAUGUAGUGAUGUUGGAUAUAGUCGAGAAUUUAAACGAGGGAAAAAUUUAUGAAUAUUAUCGAUGGGCAGGUUUAAAGUUUAAUGUGAAUAACACUAUCGAACAAUACGAUUAUAUAUCGAAAACGGAUGACGAUGCAUUUGUACAUUUUCAGAAUCUCGCAUUGAAUUUACGACCAUUGUCGCGCGAGAAACUUUACUAUGGAUUUUACUCACCUGUUCACAAAACAUUUGGAUUUGUGACUGGAAUGUUGGAAGUGUUAUCCAUCGAUCACGUUCGAUGGAUUUCUACUGCUGAUUUGCAUGGAUUGAUUACUGGACCUGAGGACGCGAUGGUUGCAAGAUGGCUCGAGUAUGGUGGAUGGAAAUUCGUGAAUUGGAUACAUGAGAACUGUUUGUUAUACGAGGAUCCGAGAAGUAGUGCGAAUCAAUGGUGUUGGAGACCUUGGGCUUCACCACAUACAAUUGUAUUUCAUGGAAUGAAAAGUAAUUGGAAAUGGGACGCAGUGAUUGAAUUAUUCUUUGGGGAAAAUCAAAUUGUAGAUAUUUGA